GCCCUCCUCCUCCUCAGCCAUGGAUGAAACAUGUUAUCACUAUGGCGCCUCAAACAAAGAUCCCCACGUUGCUGUCCUCUCGCUCCCAUUCUCCAGCCACCCUAUGGCUCUCUUCAUGCUCGUCCGUCGAUUAACUGCCGCCGCUCCAGAUGUGAUGUUCUCAUUCUUCGACACUGCAAAAUCCAAUGGCAUUAUCUUCAAGAACAUUGACAAUGGCCUUCUUCAGAAUCUAAAAGCUUAUGAUGUAGAUGAUGGGAUACCAGAAAACUACGUAUCCACAGGCAAACCACAAGAGGAAAUGGAGCUUUUCAUGGCGGUGACGCCAUGGAACUUUAAGAAGGGUAUCGAGGUCGCAGUGUUGGAGAGAAGGAGGAAGAUAACAUGUGUGAUGAGUGAUGCAUUCUGUUGGUUUGGUGGGGACAUUGCAGAUGAGAUUGGGGUUCCUUGGAUAGCGGCUUCAUUAGGGGGUGAUUGUUCUCUCACAACUCAUGUCUACACUGACCUGAUCCGCUCAACCAUAGGAGUUGGUCCAAAUGCCAUCGCCGGACGGGAAGAUGAAACUCUUGGUUUCAUUCAAGGAAUGUCGUCCGUACAUAUUCGAGAUGUGCAAGAUGGAAUCAUCGUAGGGAACUUGGAUUCUGCGUUCCAUCGCAUGCUACAUCGGAUGGGCCAAAUGUUACCACACGCAACUGCGGUUGUAGUCAAUACUUUCGAGGAAUUGAACACUACGAUCAUCCAAGACCUCAAAUCAAAGUUCAAAAAGUGCCUUUCAGUUGCACCCUUCACACUGAAUUACCCACCACUCUCUGAUUCAGAUACUACUGGUUGCCUUUCAUGGCUGGACAAGCAGAAACCUUCUUCUGUAGUGUACAUUAGCUUUGGAACAGUAGGGGGGUUACCACCACAAGAAUUUGAAGCAUUAGCAGAAGGAUUAGAAGAAGCUAGUGGAACACCAUUUCUAUGGUCUCUCAAGGAUAAGCUAAAAGAACAAUUACCAGAGAGUUUCCUAAACAAGACUAAGGAGAGGGGACUCAUAGUCCCAUGGGUUCCUCAAUUGCGUGUCUUACAACACAAAUCAGUAGGUGUGUUCAUGACACAUUGUGGAUGGAAUUCAGUACUAGAGACUAUCUUGGCUGGGGUUCCGGUAAUCGGCCGUCCAAUUUUCGGAGACCAUCAUCUGAACGGACGGUUUAUUUCCGACGUGUGGGGGAUCGGAAUUCGAAUUGAUAAUGGGGUCUUUACCAAAGAUGGAGUGAUCAAGGGACUAGAAUUGCUUUUGUUUAAUGAAGAAGGGAAGAAAAUGAGGGAGAAGGCUCAGGGCCUUCAAGAACUUGCAAAGAGGGCAAUUGAAAUUGAUGGUAGCACUACUAGAAAUUUCCAGACUCUCUUGCAAUUAAUAUCUACUGCCUAGCUACAUUCAAAAUAGUU